UUGACCUCUUCCAUCAGCUUGCACACCAAUUCUCGAGUUCACACCAACUAAUCGGAGACAAUUGAGUAGCCUCAAUGGUUGCGUUUGCGUCAGCCCGGCUCCUCGUCACCCAUAUCCCAAAGCCAAAAUGGAACACGAAAAAUCUCGGCCUGCGCCUAGGUGCCGAUGUCGUGGGCGCAGCGAGCUCUGCCUCUCUAGUGGCUCCCGUCAUCUCUGUCAUUGACCGCUCCAUCAUGGAAAACGCCUCCGGUCGCAAAAGCGUCGCCGACUCCAUCAAAUCCUCGUUCCGCGACUUCCUCCGCCGCCCUCAAACUUUCCUCUUCUCCAAGCCCACCGCCCUCAUCUUCCUCCUCUACGGGGGAACCUAUCUCACCGCCAACACCAUCGACACCUUGUCCUCCACCGUCUCGAACAAGCCCGCCACAACAGUAACAGCCGGCACCGCCAAGUUCGCGGCAUCCUCAGCGGCAAACAUCGGCUUGUGCAUAUACAAAGACCAAGUCUUCGUCCGCAUGUUCGGGCCCCCCGGUCUCGUGCCCCGCCCCGUCCCGAUGGCGUCGUACAUCUUGUUUGCGCUACGUGAUUGCAUCACCGUCUUCGCGGGCUUCAACGUGUCGCCGGUGUUGGGUCCCUGGCUCAACGAGCACAUGAGAGGCGAGCUCAGACGACGGGUGGACGGUGUGACGGUCGCCCAGUUCGUAGCGCCGGCGGCCAUACAGACGAUCAGCACGCCUCUGCACCUGCUUGGUUUGGACUUGUACAACAGGUCCAGCGGGGAUUCACGCGGCUCGGUGUCUCUACGAGAUCGAUGGGUUGCAGUAAGGAAAAACUGGGCCGUCAGUGUGGCGGCACGUAUCGGGCGUAUUGUCCCGGCCUAUGGCGUCGGUGGCGUGGUCAACAUGAAGGUCAGAAGAUAUCUGAUGGAGAAGCUGACUUAG